UGGUCGUUCACUGCUGAAAUUUUUUUCCGGGGUUGGUCGUUGACUACUGAAAAUAUUUCUGGAUUCUACGACCUUACCCUAAACACCCUGACGAAGACGGCGAGUAGAGAUUGGAAAUUUGUUAUCGUCCAUAGCUGUGUAGUGGUUACGACUUCAUCUUGUGGUGUGCUACUGGGCUGGCGUUAUGGCAUCAUCUUCAUCGGCCGAUCAAGGGGAAGGCAAUCGACGCACGAAUGACCUCUGCCAAAUGCUGCAGCACUGUUUUCUUACAGGUGAGGAAAAUGAAGCACAGGCGAGCCAAUAUAUCAGGACCCAUCGGGAUGAAAAUGAGGAUAUGGUGGUUGUCGACUUGGAGCUGCAUGCGGCGGACAUGACAGUGGGAUACCUGAAGCAACACGGUGUUCUGGUGGUUUUUCAGGGUCCGGGUGCAGACACCCCGUUUGUUAAAAAAGAGGAAUGGAUACGUUCGUUGGAAGCAGGAUGGGAUUUGGCCAUUGCUCACGAUCUCCACGGCAGAAUCAAACCGGAGGGAGCAAAUGUGAUUUCAUAUUUGGCGCCGAACCACGUGCUCAGAGACUGGUUGAUUAACACACUGCAGAAACUGGAUAGCGUGUUGGUGGAUGGCAAACAAUGUAAGGUUCAAUUUCGGCCCUGGGCCACACCCUUGGAACAAGCGGCGAUAAGGCAGCAGGCGGAGGACAAAUUCUUCUGGAUCAGGGUAUUGCGAGUUCCUUUCUUGGCGAUGCCUUUCCUGAAAGCGGCAGUGAUUAAGGAGUUUGGUCAAGUGCUGAAAGAUUUUCCUCCGGAACGGAACAAGGCCACACCAAGACUGGUCAACAGGCGGUAUGAUUUGCACCCGCAAGCCAAGGUGAGAGUGGCGAAGGUCUUGAAGUUCAGAUCUCCUCAUGGCUGGCACAGGGUGGACGUGGUCACCCAGGAGACACCAUGGUGUCAAGAUUGCAGAUGGUAUGGACAUGAGUCGGGAGCAAAUGAGUGUACCAAACGAGGACGUCAAGAAGGACUGUCCUACGCGGCGGUGGCAGGGCGACCCCCCCCAGGGGGUAGAUCUGACACCCCUCAGCCACGUCCAGUUCAUCCGCAGCCAGUACCAGCUGGCCCUGCUGCCCCUCAACCAUGUCCAGUUGAUCCACAGCCGGUACCUGCCGGCCUUGCUGCCCCUCAGCCACUUCCAGUCGAUCCACAGCCGGUGCCAGCCGGCCCUGCCCCCGGGGGUGGUCCUGCCCCUGCCGAGCCGGCACCGACCGGCCCAGCUCCCGCGGGUGGUCCGGCCCCUGCUGCUCCUGCACUGGGUGUUGUUGAACAGCCGUUACCACAGCCACCGGUUCCUGCGCCGCAGCCAGCAGGUUUGUCCCCGCUUCCACAACCAACUGCUACUCAGCAUCCACAACCUCAACCUUUUACUCCGUUUCCACAACCUGCUGCUCCGCUUCCACAACCUGUAGCAGCUUUGUUCCUACAGCCAAAUGCAGCCUCAACCCAGCUGCUGGGUAAUGACGACGGAGGCUACACAGAGGCCCCUCCGCCAACUGAACAGCUAUCUGGGAGAGAAGAGUCGAUGACGCCAAAAAAAUUGUCUCAGCCGGUGCAUAAGAGGAAAGGGCUUACGGGUGGACCACGACUGCCAGGACCAUACGAUCGUCCCGUUGAGGAUCGUAGAGCAAAGUUGGCCUCGGGUAAAUCUGCAGUCGUUUCUUGGGCAGAUAUGGUCGACGCAGCCUUGGGGCCGACGACAGUGGAGGGAGGGAGCCAAGAGUCUCAGGACGUCAGGAAUGAAGAGAUGGAGAGAGCAAGGAUGGCUCAACCAGCUAGAGCUCAGGUUUUCCCGGGCUCCCUUCAGGAAGCCCUUGCUGCAGGCCAGCCUUGGGUGGUGGUGCCUUUGGUGUUCACUGCGGUUGAUGGCCAAUUACAACUCCUCACAGCGGUGCCCGCAGAAGGACCUCUCAUGAUUCCUCACUUUGAAUUGUAUGAACACCCGUCACUGGAGGUCGUUAUCAGAGAAGUGGGUUUGAGGGUCGUCAAGAGUAGAGGUUUGCUGUUUAAGAAAACACUCAUUACAAGUAGGGCUUCUGCGUUGGACAAUCUUAACAACGAGCUGGCACAGUUGAUGACAUCUGCUCAAAUGGACGACCUAACAUUGAUGAACAGAAUUGACUCGAUACGGCAACGAUGGACAAUACAGGAAUUCGGCAGUCAGGAGGGGGGAAAGGCUUACCCCCCCGAUGAUAAGAGCAGAGGUUAAAUACGGCAUCAAGCAGGCCAUUGCUACAAAUUGGACACAUAAAGUGGUGAAUAAAGGGUAUCGAACUAA